UGUAAAAUGCGUUAGAUGUGACAGAAAACACCUAACACAUCUUUGGCAGAAUAUCUUUGACCGUUUUCUCCUCUUACAAAAUUUGUUUAAUCUAAUAUGUAGAGAGAAUGAUUUCGCCAACUUCUAGAAGCGACACACAUUCUUCUGAUUUAAAUUAAGACAAAGCAUAAAAUUUAUUUUAUUACUAUCAAUCAAAUAACAUCUGGGUAUUUUGUUCCAUGUGUCGGUGAGCGGAAGCAAGUCCUUAACCCAAAAUGGCGGCUCCCUACAAAGUUCGGUGUUUUCUGCUUGGUCAUGAAAAAGAUGUGAGGUCGGUUGCCCCUGCCUUUUUCCCCGACGGUUCUUUUGUAUCAGGAUCUCGAGACGUGACUGCCAGACUAUGGGCUCCAAAUGAGUCUAACUGUCAAUUCACAGAAGCCCAUGUGAUGAGCGGUCACAGUAACUUUAUCAGCAGUGUCACAGUCAUGCCUCCAAGUGAUCAGUAUCCUCAAGGAUUGAUCAUGACAGGCAGCAAUGAUAAUUCUAUUCUAGCCUUCACGCUUGAAUCUCCGCAGCCUGUAUUUAAACUUACUGGUCAUGAGGAUACUGUUUGUGCAUUAGCUGCAGGAAGGUUUGGCACUCUACUCAGUGGUUCUUGGGAUAAUACCGCCAAAGUAUGGCUCAACAAGAAAUGUGUCAUGACGCUUAAAGGUCAUGAGCAAGCAGUCUGGGCAGUGGCUAUCAUGCCAGAACAGGGCCUGAUGUUGACAGGGUCAGCAGAUAAGACAGUGAAGAUGUGGAGGGCAGCCAGGUGUGAAAAUACUUUUAAAGGUCAUUCAGAUUGUGUCCGUGGUCUGGCAGUUUUAUCUGCUACUGAAUUCCUGUCGUGUUCCAAUGAUGCCACCGUGAGAAGAUGGCUCAUCACAGGAGAGUGUGUUCACACGUACUCUGGACACACCAACUUUGUCUACAGCAUAGCAGCUCUGCCCAAUGGUCAAGAUUUUGUGACCACUGGAGAAGACCGUACCCUAAGGAUUUGGAAGGAUGGGGAGUGUGCACAGACUAUUACACAUCCAGCUACCUCAGUAUGGACAGUGUGUACAUUACAGAAUGGGGACAUUGUAACUGGGGCAAGUGAUGGAGUUGUGAGAGUCUUCACUAAAGACCCAGCUAGAACUGCAGCCGAGGAAACGCAGAAAGCAUUUGAGGAAGAAGUGGCUGCCUCAAGUAUACCAUCCCAAGUUGGAGAUGUCAAAAUAGAGGAUCUUCCAGGAAAAGAAGUUCUCAUUGAACCAGGUACACGUGAGGGCCAGACCAAGCUGGUUAGGGAGGGACCCAGGGCAAUGGUGUACCAGUGGAGUAUGGCAGAAAGUAAGUGGGUCAAGGUGGGUGAUGUGGUGGGAGCCUCAGGGGGAUCACAGGAGACAUCCGGCAAGACAUUGUAUGAAGGAAAGGAAUAUGACUAUGUAUUUGUUGUGGAUGUAGAGGAAGGAAAACCACCACUAAAACUUCCAUAUAAUGUCACGGAGGACCCCUGGUUUGCUGCCCAGAAUUUUAUCCAUAAAAACAACCUCAGCCAAGCUUUUUUGGAUCAAGUGGCAGGAUUUAUUAUUGAGAACACCAAGUCCGUGACAUUUAGCCAGCAGUCGGCAGGCUCUUACAGCGACCCAUUCACAGGUGGAGGUCGGUAUGUCCCUGGCACAGCAGAGGGCAGCACAGGUGUGAGUUCAGAUCCUUUCACUGGUGGUGGACGCUAUGUGCCUGGAGCCUCACAGCCACAGGGCCCUGCACCUCAGUCAGGCUCUGAUCCCUUCACUGGUGCUGGUAGCUACCGUCCAUCAAAUGGUCAGACGUCCAGUGUGGCAGGAGGAGACAUGGGCAAUAGCCUGGACAACCAGUACUUCCCGAAAACAGCAUUCCUUUCCUUUGACCAGGCAAACACACAGGCCAUAAUGAGCAAGCUAAAGGAAUUUAAUAGUAGCCUAAGUUCAGAACAUGCAGUUGAAGAAUCCAGUCUAGCCCAGCUGUCAGUGUUUCUGGAGUCUGGCUCCCCGACUGCUGCUCAGUUGGAGCUCCUCUGGCAGCUGUUACAUUGGCCAUCAGGCAAUGUGUUUCCUGCCUUAGAUGUGCUGCGCUUGGCCAUCAGGUCAGAAGAAGUGAACCAGCAUUUCUGUAACCAGAAGGAUGGGCCACAGUUCUUGAACCACUUGCUAGUGCUAGGGGGUGGAGACGAAGCACCCGCAGCCAACCAGAUGCUAGUUCUACGCGUCAUAUGCAAUGCCUUUAAAAACAAACCAGGGGAAAAGCUCAUGAACUUGAACAGAGAGAAAAUUGGGAAAUUGUUGGGGAUAUGCCAGAAGACCAGUAACAAAAAUGUACACAUAGCACUCAGUUCUGUUUUACUCAAUUUUGCUAUCAGUCUCCAUCCUACUGAAGAUGUGGAGGCAAAGGCGAUGGUUUUAUCUACGGCUGCUGACGUUGCAGAAAGUGUCAAGGAUGAAGAGUCACAAUUCAGACUUCUGGUUUGUCUAGGAACUUUAGUGUCUCAGGACCCCAAUAGCAAAGCUCUGGCAAAGUCCCUAGACCUUGGUCAGUUUGCCAAAAAAUUGACACACAAAAGAGGCAAAGUGGGUGAUUGUGCUUCCUUGGUAUGGAAUGCUUUGCAGUAGUCCAAAAUGCCAGUGACCAGAAAAUGUACCAUUAAGAAUGUUUUUUCUCUGUACUUUGCUUUUAUGCUGAUGGCCUCAUUAAUGAAAUGCAAUUUUCCUACUUCAAUGAAAAAGGACUUCAAGAAUGUAGCUAGAAUAGUAUUUAUUGAAUGAAGUAAACUUAAAAUGGUAAGAUGUAUUGUUACACUUUGUUUUGUGCAUAUGACCAAAAGUAUCUGCAUGUGCAUUUGUACCAUCUUGCCAAAGUUAAUGACAAAAUUUUCUGAAAUAAAUUCUCUAAAUAUUUGCAUCUA